CCACCUCCUCCUCCGUCUCUUAAACCGCCUUCUUCCGGUUCUACUACUAAACCGUCUACUAAUCAUCCUGGUAAACCGGGUUUCACUCGCUCUUUCGGCGUUUAUUUCCCACGCGCUUCCGCUCAAGUCCACGCUGCUGCUGCUGCUGCUUCACAAAACGGCGUCGUCUCUGAGCUUCGUCGUCAGGUCGAGGAGCUUCGUGAGAGAGAAGCUCUGUUGAAAACAGAGGUCCUCGAGCUUAAGCUUCUCAGAGAGUCCGUUUCAGUCAUCCCGUUGCUCGAGUCGCAGAUCGCCGAGAAAAGCGGCGAAGUCGAGAGUUUGAGGAAAGAGACGGCGAGGUUAGCGGAUGAGAACGAGACAUUACGGCGAGAGUUUGACAGGAGCGAGGAGAUGCGGAGAGAGAGCGAGAGGAGAGAGAAGGAAACAGAGGCGGAGAUAGUUGAGCUUCGGAAACUUGUUGUUUCGUCGGAGAGUGACGACCACGCGCUCUCGAAUUCGCAGAGGUUUCAGGGUUUAAUGGAUGUGUCGGCGAAGUCGAAUCUCAUCAGAAGUUUAAAACGGCUCGGGUCGUUGAGGAACAUACCCGACCCGAUUCAGAACCAAGAGAACAGCAAAAGCGUUUCUUCAUCCGGCGACGCCGACGGCGACAUUUAUCGGAAAGACGAGAUCGAGAAUUAUCCUCGGAGCUGUAACUCGGACGAGUUCACCGAGUCGUCGUCACUCUCAACAGUCAGAUCUAGGGUUCCGAGAGUCCCUAAACCACCGCCGAAACGGUCAUUUUCUUCAUUAGGUGAUUCGACGGAGAACAGAGCAGAUCCUCCACCGCCGCCGCAGAAAUCUAUUCCGCCUCCUCCUCCUCCGCCUCCACCGCCGCUUCUUCAACAACCACCACCACCUCCGUCUGUUUCCAAAGGUCCUCCUCCGCCUCCUCCACCGCCGCCGCCGAAGAGUUUAGGCAUUGCGUCGGCGAAAGUGAGAAGAGUACCAGAAGUCGUGGAGUUUUACCACUCGCUGAUGAGAAGAGACUCAACAAACUCGAGAAGAGAUUCCACCGGUGGUGGCACCGCCGCAGAGGCGAUACUCGCUAACUCCAAUGCUAGAGACAUGAUCGGAGAAAUAGAAAACCGAUCGGUUUAUCUUCUCGCGAUAAAAACCGACGUGGAAACGCAAGGAGAUUUCAUAAGGUUCUUGAUCAAAGAAGUAGAAAACGCUGCGUUUUCAGAUAUCGAAGACGUUGUUCCUUUCGUCAAAUGGCUCGACGACGAACUCUCUUACUUGGUAUGA